AUUUUGAAGAGUCCUGAAAGGAAAAUUCCUGACCGAAGCCUGGUGUGUGAUUUUUGCCUGCAAACAGCUGAUAGCAACAGGAAAGGUGAACCUGAAGAUUUGUUGAUAUGUAGAGAUUGUGGAAACAGAGGUAAAGUACAUAUAACUGACCUAGGGCCGGUUGUUCGAAGCCUGUUUAGCUUAAACGGUGGAUAAGUCAAAAUUAAAUAACAGGUUAAUUAACAUAUUUUAUAAAUGACUUAAAUCUCAUUCACUAAAUAUAUACAGUAGUAAAAUGUUGCCAACAUAAUUGUUCUACUCAAGUUGAAAUAUUUUAGUUUGGUUACUUGAUGAAUGUAUAAACUUGAUCAAUAUUUUUAACUUAUCCACUGUUUAGCCUAAACGGGCUACAAACAAAUGUGCAAAGAUUGUCUCUAGAAAGGGUUAGACAGACAGCAAAAUGAUAAUGGCGUUGGUGUAAUACAAUGGGUACACCAAGGGCAAGACUGGUGACUGACAAGAGGCAGAUAAGCAGAUUCUCUGUCAUACUAAAUGCACACUUUUUCUGCCGCAUAAUCAGUACUCAUUAAUUCAUGUGACUCUUUCCCUUCAUUUCAUGUUUAAUUAAUGCACAGUACUACAUUUACUGUAUAUGACACAGCACUUGGGAAAAGGCAAGGUUUUAUUAGUAAUGAUUUUUUAAAAUUUGUUUAUUUUACAAAAACCUAUAUGCAACUGAACCUUGGGUCUAUUUCUCAUUUCUCUCAUUCAUGGCACACGUUGAUUUUUGUACACAGACUUUAAAUCUCUGCAAUAUUGUAUUGUUUUAUUUCAAAUGCAGCUCACCCAUCAUGCAUGGAUUAUUCAGUGGAGUUAACAGCAAGGAUAAGAGCUGAUGGUGGAUCAUGGCAAUGUAUUGAUUGUAAAGCAUGUGUCAUGUGCCAGGACUCGGGAGAUGCUGUGAGUUCAAAAUAUUGUUGUUUUCUUCCAUUGUUAAUAAUGAAUGUUAAUAAUGAUCAAGUUCUUUCAGCAUGAAAUUGUUAGCAUGAAAAGCUGUUAAGAUUUAAAUGAAAAACACUUCAGAAUGUUUAGCAAAGUUUAACGUUAUAGGAUUGAAAAUUGAAGUUUGUAGCAGAUAUAAGAACAAAUGUACAUAAUUAUUAUAUAUGUUGGGGAUUGAAAAUUCUACUGUAUAGUGAAAACAAGUAUAAUUUUUGUAGAACAAAUUUUAAAAUGUUACCAUGGUUAUCCAGGGCUCCAAAUAACAUUUCCAACGUUCCCGAUCAUGCUGAUAAGCAAUCAUGAUUUUCUGCUGAUCAAAUGAAAAUCUGGCCAAUCAGUAUAUAUAGGAUAGGUUCUUUUUAUAUGUUCUGUGAUAAUACCGUAGUAUUGCAUGGUGUCUGUUAAGUGUUAACGACAUUAACCAUGUUUUUGAGAUGAUGGUUCUUGCUGAUCAAGAUGACGGACAAUCUUGCUUCUCUGUCAAUCAAAAGCAAUUUCCUGCCGAUCAUUGAUCGGCCGUUAUUUCAAGCCCUGUUAUCACUAACUUCACCACAGCAAACAAAAUACGUCCUAGUUGCAUUUUGUUUUGAGGGGUUGCUGCAUGCAUGCAUAUCUAGUAAGUGUUUCAUUUCUGUUUUCAGAGCAGUCUUCUUUUUUGUGAUGCUUGUGACAAAGGUUAUCAUAUGCAGUGCCAUACUCCAAAGUUACAGUCUAUGCCUACAGGUAUUGUAUGAUCCACUGGGAAAUUACUAUUGGCAGUUACAGUAGGUUCCUUUUUAACUCCUUUAAGAGGUUAAUUGGUUCUCUAAUUUAUCUUUAGGCCAAAUGAUUUUUGCCGUUCAAAUGUGAACAAGUAGAUGAGUUAUGAAUGUUCAGAUGAGGGUCAGUGGCAAAGCCAGCCCGACAAUUUGGUCAUGCUAUGCAAAUUUUAAAUCAUCAUUGUUCAUUUCUUUACCAAUUGAUUGUUUUCACGGUGUAUAACACAGAAAUAUUUGCAUAGCAUGACCAAAUUGUCAGGCUGGCUUCACCACUGGUGAGUGUACAUACAUACAGCCAAAACAUGCAUAAUUAUUAACUCAUCUACAGUACUUGUUACAUCAGAAGAAGAAAAUCGCAGCAAAAAUUGCACAUGUAAAACAGGCCUUUUUGUAAACAUGGUUUUCAACUGACUUUUGCAUUGUUUAGCUGUGAACAGGAUUUUUGGAUUGUUUUUGAUUUCUUGUUCUUUGUUCCAACAUCUUUGGUAAAUAUCUCAACAAAAUGGGAUAAAUCAGUUAUAGGAAAAUGACUGAUAUAAACGGUUUUAUUGGGAAAUGGCGGUUAUGGUUUAUUGAAGAAAAGGAGAGUGGAUAAGGGACUGGUCAUAAAGUAACUGCUAGGGUGGGCUGGAGGUAAAUCACAAAUUUUGCCAAUACGUUUGGUGACCCAUCUUAGGACGUAGAUAAAAAUUUCAAAGCCCAUCUAAUCUUGCCAAAUUUAUUUCUGUUUGGUGGCCCAACCAUGCACAUACCAAAAAAUUGGCGGCCCAUCGAAACUGCCCAAAGAUUUUCCAUGGCCCAUCCCAAAUCACUCCAGCCCACCCUAGCAGUUACUUUAUGACCGGUCCCUAGGGUGAAGAAGAAAGCUCUUUCACCCCUAUAGCUGUAUGCCUGUAUCUCAUAUCAAUGGCUACAUCUUUUUAUUGAAUUUUUUUUGCACUUUAGGAAAAUGGGCUUGCUUCAACUGUUUGACUAUGUUGUCCCCAGAGGAAGUAAUGGCCAGUAUCCAAGCACCAUCAACUUUCAUUCCUUCAAAAAUUUGUUCUCCUGCUGAAGAUGAAGAACAAAUGGUUAUGGAUGCAGUAACUUUGAUCACUGACGACAUUAUGCCAGAACCUACGACAGAAAUACUAACCACAGGUAGUAAUAUAAAUGUAGCAGAAACACGAGUGUUUUAUUGUGUUCUACAGUACCAUAGGAUGUCAUCGUGACAAAUCCUUGACAAUGGACAACUUGCAUGUUAGACUCAUUUUUGAUCUAGGCAAAAAAAAUUUCCGUAAAAUUGCAAAAUAUUUGGUUGCGAAAUGUUGUAAAAUACGGAAAAUAUAGCCUUGCGAAGUUUGCAUAUUUUGUAUAUGUUUGUAUUUAUACGUGCGGAAAUUGUUACCAUUUUUGAGCCGAAAAUGGUAACAAUUUCCGCACGUACAGUAAUACAAACAUUUGCAAACUUUGCAAGACUAUAUUUUCCAAGCUUUACAACAUUUUGCAACCAAAUUUUGCAAUUUUACUAAUUCCACUAGUAUGUUCUUUUUAGCUGUGGUGUUUGAUUCCCUUCUCUUAACUUAGAUUAAAAUUUAGUCUUGCAUGCAAGUUGUCCAUUGGGGCAGUCAUUUUAUGGGAUGCAUUGAGAGAAAUAUAAAUUCUACAGGCAUGUGACACAUACUCUAUGUAUCAAAAUAUUCCUCUAAGUGAGGUGAAUCUAAUAACUACAAUAUAAUUGGACAAAACCUUGAGUUGACAAAACCUUCAGUUGGCGUACAGUAAUACAGUAUGACUCAAGUGGUCAAUCAUUGAACUGAGGUCAAUUACAGUAAAACGACAAAGAAACGAAAUGGCUGUCAAUGCAUCUUAUGUAAAUGAGUUCUCCGACAAAUAUAAAAGCCAAUAUAAAACAGUAUAAAGCAAAAUAAAUGCCAUCCUUUACCCUUGACCUCCGCGUGACGUCAUGCAGUAUGAAACCCGAGAAUUGGGGCAGUUUUCAAUUGCUGUUUGAACUUCCUUGAAAAAGAUGCAGAAAUUCUCGGACGAGUGAAAAUUGCGGAAGGACUUCGCUUGAAAUGUCAGAGUGUUUUUAAUCUUUUAUAUAUUUCAGACACCAAUAGGGCAGCUACAGUAAUUGCUAUUAUUAAUCCAUUCUAUCAUUUAUUCCAAAUCUCAGAUUUGCUAUUAAUUUUAAACAUAUAAAACUGACCAUAACUAUAAAAGUUGCCUGAAAUUGAGCGUGCAUCUGUCGUUAGAAAUGUACAAUGUACUGUAAAAAUACAUCACCGAUGGUCUGAUUGACCGACCGUCUAGUAUAAACACGUGGUGAAUUAACCAGUCGAACUAGCUGGAAAAACCACUUCAUUACUAGAAAUAGUUCUUGUAAUUUAUUAUGCCUCAGUGUGGAUUAUAACAAUUUCGCUUAGGUCUGAAAAAUGUCCGCUCAAGUAUGCAGUUUCUCGGGCAUUGGCUAUAAUGAUGAUCAGCCAGCUUUUCAAUAUUUACACUGACUGGUCGUGCUGAUCACUUUGCGCAUGACCAAUCGUGACCGAUCAUACUUAACUUUUGGUAAGCAGUCCCAGCAAUCCAUGCAACAGAAAAGUUCUUUGUCCCUAUUGUUGUCGAAUUUUCUACAUGUCUGGUAUAUAAACUUGGACCAUAAACUUUUGUUGCCCGUCAGAGCGAACUUGCAUGCUUUUUGAGCAGUACUUAAUUUAAAUGAAAACUGUGUAUUCUAUCUGAUCGGUCAACAUGUCCGUGCAGAAUACAAUUAAUCGGCCAGUCAGUGUUUUUGUUCGGCAAUUGUCGACCGUUAUAAUCCACACAUUUAUAGCCGGCGGUUUUAAGGGUUGGGGUUGAGGCCCGGGCAACGAAAAUUAGGGGGGCGAGGCGCGGGAAGGGCAACCCCAACCCUUAAAACCGCCGGCUACGCAGGCUAACACUGUUACGCCUGACGUUUUCUGCCAGUAUUUCAUAGACGGAAUCAUCGGUUAAGAUGAUGCACGCACGGAAGUUUGUCUGUGUACAUGACCUACGGUGCAAUUUGACGUGUAUAAUCUUCCGUUUCCCUCCUUUAUACUGUAUAUGUUACCUCGUGCCAUGCAGGUUACCUUUGGCCAGUUAGGAGCACCAAUAUAUACACAACGGUUGCUCCAAAACUUUUAUAUAUCAAAGAUUACAUCACAUACAUGCACUUAAUAUUUCGAUCUUGAUCUGACUUCGUCGUUGAUGUUUUAAGACUCUUCAAGAACGUAAACUGAACUCUGUAACAUGUGUUCACUAAGACGGUCUAUAUCUUGCACUAUUACAUAUACUAACUAGUAAACUUUCCUCCUGUCCAACUUUUACUCUGAUAAUUGCGUCAAUGGAUUUGGCUCAUAGACUAAACUAAACAUAAUUAAAUUAAUACGUUCACACAUCUUAACAGUACUGUAUGCAGAGAUGAAUUAUGGGCGAACUAUUUCUGUGCUCAUCCAGAGGGAUCAUUCCUUAUCCAUCUCUGGGAUAAAUCAAACCAUUUAUUAACAACUCAAUUUAGUUUUUAAUUUCUAUGUCAGAACCCGUACCUGCUGAAGAUCCGCUCUGUGGAAUAAUUGAUCCUUUGAGGAUGAUUGAUGACGUUGAAGUAGCAAUAGCUGCAAAUACCUCUACGAACACUUCACCUGCCAAAAGUGAUGUUGAACAAUCAAACAUCGUCUCUAGUACUGCUUCAGGUUUGAUACAACUACAAAUGUUCUUAGCCCUGAAAAUAUGUAAAUUUAAGCCUUUAUUCCACUAGGCGAAUUUGUUGUGCAAAGCGAAUCGGAAAACUAAUUUCAUACCCCGGUCCAUCCCAAAACAUCGCGAGCCCAUCGGUGACGCCGUAGUCGUGCAAGAAUCGGGUGCAUGCAUUAGUUUGGUCACGGCGAAAGCCAGACCUGCCAGACCUGCUAAACGUGGACUAAGUAUUCCUCGGUUAGAACGAAUAUCAGCACAUAUGGCAGUCAAUUUGACGAUGAAUGUCGGUGAAGAGUUGCAAGGAUUUCCAGUGAGGAAACUUCACUGCUGGCUUGACAGCAGUGUUGCACUGCAUUGGAUUCGUGGAGCCACUAUGGUGAAACCGAAGAGUAUAAAUAUUAAGCAAUUUGUUUUACAACUGGAUGCAAAAGAUUAAAGCGCACAACAAAAUCAAUUCACGUGAGCACGAAAUUCAAUCCUGCCGAUCUUCGCAGUCACAGAUAGCAGUGUGAAAGAGUCAAAGCUGUGGUGGCCACGUAGGUCCUGUAUGGUUGACUGAUCGUCACAGCUGACCUCCUGACAUCUUGACAACUGCAAAUGCAGAAUCCCAAGCUUUAGCGAAUCACAUUACCGAAAUUUGUUUUCCGUUUCCUUCCGUGAACAAGUUCGCGUUGUGCACACACCUCGAUAACCCUCAUCCUCUCAAAAAAGUUUCAUUGAAUAGGUCAGAGUUAUCAAAUAGCCUGCAAGGCAGGUGCAUGAUGUUUGGUGGGAUAGAAAAAAGCAUUUUCUUGACAAGUUUAAUUGAUUUGUUUUUGUGGUAGCGUGGUGUUUUCCACAAAAACAUCAACUAUAUUAAAAAGAGUCUUUUCUUGACAAGUAUGUUGAGCUUUAACUCGACCUCAUACAUACAUGCUUCUAUAGAAACAGUAUGUGAGCUGUAUAUACCUGUAACUGUAUAUGCCAUCAACCAUGAAGUUCCAAAGUUCAUUUUUUAAACUUUUUAUUAAACAUUUACGGCGUUCCAUUUAUCCAGUUUUGGUUUCAAAUUAAGUUCACUCCAAUAACCGGUGAAUUAUUCAUACUUUGACAGUUAUAUACUAUAUAACAAAACACUUAUUUACUGAGACCGCGGGAAAGCAGUGUGUUUUGUUACCCCCGACCGCCAUUGUUGCUCUUGGCUUCGCCUCCGGCAACAACGGCGGUCUCGGGUCCACAAAACACACUGUUUCCCUCGGUCUCAGUAAAUAAGUGAUAAUUAUAUUUUAGGGGAAGAUGUCAAAAAUGAGAUACCAAUACCCGCACCAGAGCCGGUUUCUAGCAGACCAAAAAGUGCAUUUAACUGGGACAAGACCGAUGUUGUCGAAUACAUUAAAUCUCUCGGUUUUCCUAAGGAAGCUGCUGUGUUUGAAGAACAGGUAGGGAGUAACCACCGCACGCAAUAAUCCAUUGCAGGUAAUACUAUACAGUAUUAAUAUAAUUUCAGUAUUGAAAAAUGGCCUUUGAGUAUUCUGAAUGGCUCCCUCAGCAGUAACUCUGAGGCAAUAGUUACUGCUCUGAGCAGUAACAGCAGUAACUAUUGCUUUUCCCCAAAAAAAAUACUGAAAAUCAGAUGGAAGUAAAUUAUUUAUGCAAAUUAUAUUCAUAAAAUAAAACACGUGUAUUAGUUCAUUAUAAAUAAAACUUUUCAAUGCUGAAAUUAUAUACUAAAACAAUUAGUCGCCUCAGGCUCGGUGAUUACAACCCUAUAUUCACUUCGCCUUCGGCUCAGUGAGUAUAUAGGCUUGUAAUCACCUCGCUUUCGGCGACUAAUUGUUAAUAAGUGUUGGUGGUAGCGGUGAGUGAAUGUUACCAGGCCACUCUUUGAUGAGGCCCCCAAUGGCUGUAAGAAUUCAUCCCAGUUUACACUUUAUCACAAUCUGUGACCCAUUAUCAGAAAAAGCAUUUCUCUUGAUAUUCACCAACCGGAAGACAAAAUGAAGGUUCUGAUGUUUUGAGCAGAAGCUCUUCGUCAGAAAUGACAUGGAAGACUCGGCCGGACAAUGCCUGCUUGAAGGUAUAAACAGAGUCUGGGCUGCCAGUGAGUCAACUGCACAAAGGGUAGCCUGCGAACAGGCGUUUAUUCAGGUGGGCCGCAUUGGUGGGCCUAGUAAUAAUAAACACAAAGGGGGACAAAGUAACUUUGGCUUAAUUGAAAUUCAAAUUCUGCCGCAGUUUCAGUUAAAUAUUGUUUCAUAUAUAUACCAGAAUGUGGGAUAUCAAAAUCAAAAUAAAACGCGUAUACCGGAAGAUAAAGUAUAAAUUAUUAUUUAUUAUUUAUUUGUUGUUAUAAGAAGAAUGGGGACUAUAGAUUAGUAUACAUUACGAAUAUUAUAUCACCGCUACCACUAGUGGAAGUCAGGGGACCAUUAACCAAUUAGACGUGUUUUAUAUAUCAGAUUAACCAAUCAGGUGCGUAUACUAAGCCAGUGAGUGGUAGUGCAUGAUAUACUGUAGCAGUAGACUAGUAGUGGAAGUUAGUUAUGAUCCUCUUUAAUUAAUACGCAGCGGUCUUUAUCACGGCAUCCUUUAUACAAUCUUCAUGUGAAACGAUUUGACGAAUUUCAUUGGACACUUAUCUGAUGAAUAGUUAAUUAACUUUAGAAAUCAUUUCUCAGAUUCUUACAUGUUGGCAAUGUCUCAAUCUUUUCCAGGAAAUUGAUGGUCCCUCAUUAAUGCUCAUGUCAAGGACAGACCUCGUAACGUCCUUGCAGUUCAAACUGGGACCAGCGUUGAAAAUUUAUGCCAACAUUGCCAAGUUGCAAGUCCAAACCUUACCUUCAGAGUAAGCCAGGAAUAUCUCGCUGACUCAUGCUGUAGAUAUAUGAAGCUCGAUCUAUACAGAUCGUCUAUGUAUAUAUAUACAUGCACGUGUGUAUAUCUUGGACCACUGACAUACAUGUAGAUAAAUUUUCAUUGUCACAUAUAUAGGUAUUUAUACAUUUACUUGCAUAGUGCUUGUUAUGCAAUUUUGAGGGAAUACCAAAUGUUUUCCUUGCACUGUUGCAGGAUUGCGUGAUCCAUGCACGAGGGAUGUCGCGAGACUUUCGGAAAGCGUAAAAAUACUCGAGCCGCGGGCGAGUGUAUUUUUACGCUUUCCGAAAGUCGAGAGCGCAACAUCCCAAGUGCAUGGAUCACGUAUUGCAUGUAUCACGUAUUACUAAUACCAUGGAUAAUAAAAAAAGUGGAUAGGAAACUAGCUGACGUGACCUAAUGUUUUUACUGGGAUUGAUGGCGUGGUUGGAUGCCUCAACCUAGUUGAAAAUCAAAUUCUCAAAAACGGAAUGUUUAGCAAUAAUACAGCUAGACAUUUUAGUCAAAGGGCAAAUAAAUGUAACCACGCCAUUCUACGAUGAAAACUCUAAGUAUUCCCAGUCAAUUUUAGCAAAUAUUUCAAGCACUAAACAGUGAAAAAUACAUUGCAAAUUUCGUUAAAAUUUGUGAUGCCAAUUUCGUAGCUACAAAUGUAAAAAAAUACAAAACAAAGACGAAAAACAUUUACCUUGAAUACUGUGUUGUGGCUUAGGCAUGUUUUUAAAACAAUUAGACCAGUUUACGCUUCAAGAUCACCCUUUUAAAGUGGAAAAUAUAGCAAAACAACAAAAAUGUUGAGAACUUUGGUAACAUUCGCAAUACGCGUGACGUCACGUUUUUCAACAAGGAUGCAGUCAAUGACGUCAGAAGUUUCCUAUCCAGUUAUUUUACAAUCCAUGCUAAUACCAAGGCAGUUGAAUUCUUUUCAACACUAAUAAUAGGCUGCCGGUAAACGGAUGCACUUUUAACGUUGGAUACGCGUUAGCUUUAGAAAGAUGUACGGGAUUUUCUUUUUUUAGACAUUUCCAUGAAAGAUGCAUUGAUAUAUUUAAUUCUGUGUUCUGUAAACCAGUGGGCAUAUACAAAAGUCCGGAAGCUUCGGAUAAAAUGUGAACGAACGCUCGUGAUUUUUGUGAAAUAUAAUAAAAAUAUUCAGAACAAAACUUUUAACUUUUUAUUGUUUCAUGUGCAUCUAAACUAAAGCAUGCACGUAUUUGAGUUCAUGUCUUCUAUUAUCUGGAGCACUCGCCAAGAGCAUAUAGACAAUCCCGAGAAGCGUAUUGUCUAUUGAAAAUGCUAUUUUUAAAACAUUCAAAACCAAGGGAAAUAAUCAAUUAGCUAUAAUUGAAUGUCCUAAAAGUUCAAGAAUAUGAAUAAACAAUUUCUAAAGGAGCACAGUCAUAACCUCAAGAAUCGUUGAUGAUCGAGAAUCAUUAAGGCCCCCAAACGUUUAAUUUGGCCCAAAAACCGCCCAAUCAGGGCCGCACAGAGACAUUAGAGGGGCCUAUCUGCUCAGCUAUUAAAUUCUGAAUGAUCGGUAAAACAUUUUCUUGUUGACAAGACAUCCAUAUCAUGGCAGUGUCUGGAUUAAUUCGUAAAUGCAAAAAUACCGUAAUAAAGUGAAUAAUUAUACAAUAAAAGAAUUUUGAACCUUUUUAAUUUAUAUGUUCAAUUCUAUAUUAAUUUAUUAUAUU